GCCUGUUCACUUGCAUUUUUCGUCUCUUCGUCGGGGGGUUUUUUUUUUCUUCUUCUUCUUUUCCUUUUCUUCUCUCCCUCUCUCACUUCUCCUACUCCGUCAGCAAUCAAGGACCAAGGCGACAGUUCGUUGACUGAGGUACGCCAAGAUGGCCGGCCCCGUGCCUGUCGCCCGCUCUCUCCGAGACAUCUACCCCGAAGACACCCUCUCAUCCCAGUCCAAGAGAUGGAGCGCCCUCCUCUCCACGUUUGAGGGCCUCCAUGGCCACCCGGCCGACUUCGUCUCUCGCUCUCCCGGCCGUGUGAACAUCAUUGGCGAACACAUCGACUACUCCCUCUAUUCCGUGCUCCCCAUGGCCAUCACUGCCGACACCAUCCUCGCCGUCUCGGCCUACGACGACCCGUCGUCCAACACGUCGUCCUCGACCUUUACGAUCCAAAUAUCCAAUAUUCACCCCGAAAAAUACCCAACUCGAGAGUUCGAGGUUCCAGUAGACGGCCCGGUCGAAAUUGACGCCACCCAGCACGAAUGGUCCAACUACUUCAAGAGCGGCCUUCGCGGUGCGCUCGAGCUCUUGCGUACGAAAUACGAGAAAGAGCACAAGAACGAGCAGGCAGCGGGCCUUGGCCUUCGCCCGAAAAGCAUGAAGAUCGUCGUGGACGGUGCCGUGCCCAUCGGAGCCGGUCUCAGCUCCAGCGCCGCCUUUGUCACGUCUUCCGCUCUCGCGGUCAUGAAGGCCAACGGGCACGACGCGGUCGACAAGACCGAGCUCACCGAACUGGCCAUCGUGAGUGAACGGGCCGUUGGCGUCAACUCCGGAGGCAUGGACCAGUCGGCUUCAGUCUUUUCUGAACGCGGCGCCGCCCUCUUCGUCUCCUUCGUCCCCCGACUCACCGCUCGUCCCGUCUUCUUCCCCACCGCCAAGCCGUCCCUCGUCUUCCUCGUCGCCCAAUCGUUCGUCACGUCCAACAAGUACGUCACCGGUCCCAUCCACUACAACCUCCGCGUGGUCGAGUGCACCCUCGCGGCUUCGUACCUCCACGCCGUCCUCAACCCGCCUGGCACCCAGCUCCCCGCCGACAACAGCCCGCUGGGCGCCAGCCUACACGGGUUCCACGAGACGUACUUUUACCACCAGCGGGCCCCUGAGGGAGGGGAGGGCCCGGAGUGGCGCACGCAGGAAGGGCAGCUCAGGGAGCUCAUCCGGCUCGCCAAGGAGACGCUGACGCGGGAAGAAGGCUACACGCGCGAGGAGGUGGCGUCGGUGCUGGGCCUCACGGUGGCGGAGCUGGAGGCGCAGUUCACGACGCAGAUCCCGAUCCGGGCCGAGCGGUUCAAGCUGCGGCAGCGCGCGCUGCACGUUUACGGUGAGGCGCUGCGCACGCUCGAGUUCCUGGCCCUCGUCGAGGGGGCUGCUUCGGGGGCGGCGGGCGAGAAUCGGAGUCCCGACACGACGGCGCUGAACGCCAAGCUCGGAGCCUUGCUGAACGAGACGCACGCGUCGUGCCGUGAUGUGUAUGAGAACAGCCACCCCGAGGUGGACGAGAUUUGCCGCAUCGCCCUGGAGGCCGGGGCCUAUGGGAGCCGGAUUACCGGGGCCGGGUGGGGAGGGUGCAGCGUGCACUUGGUGCCGGAGGAGAAGGUGGAGGCCGUCAAGGCGGCGUGGGAGGGGCAGUACUUUUCCAAGAAGGAGCUGACGGCCGAGCAGAGGGCGGAGGCCAUGGUGGAGAGUGGGCCCGGAAGCGGAAGUGCAUUAUUCGUGGUCGAAGAAGGGUCUCUUGCGGUAUGAACGGCGGGCAAUCGAUGGGAAUUUUUCUUUUCUUUUUUUGCCACCAGAUACGUUAUCAGGCGGGCUUGCGUUCCGUUUACCUGCCUGUUCAGGCAGUGAAUUCAUUAAACGGUCUUGGACGUUUGCCUAUCGUGGCAUACGAUACGAUACGAUACGAUACAACACGAUACGUUAUGCAUGGGCCGUCUUUCUGGAGUCGCGGUCUUCCGCCCCCUGUCAGAUACAGCGUAACCGUAACCGUUGAAUCGGGUCAAAAUUGAAGGGUAA